GCGUUACAAGGUCGCGCAACUAUUUCCUCUUCCACACACGCGCGCGCUCGCCUCCAAUUGCUCUCGGGUUGCAUUGUGCAAAUUGAUUUUAGAUGACGGAUCUAGAGAGAUGCGCAAUCUGGCGGGUUAACGACCUGCCUGAAUGCUGAGAACGUGUGCGAAUAGUUUGCUGGAAAAUUAAUCAGUAUCUGAGUUCAAGGUGGGCAUGCUAUCGGUCGUCUUGGGCGCAAUUGAGCGUGUCACGUUGAACAGAGACCACGUGGUUGCUGGGCUGAGCGUGUAUUGGACGCGCUGAACUGACCCAAUUUUCAUGAUGUAUCAUCUAACACAUUCUGCAUUGUUCCCAUUGACCGAUAACGAGCGAUCUUGACCUUCGCGAGAGCGCUUUUUGAGGAAAAACCAAGUCCAAGUUCGUUCACACGCGCGCACACCUUUGCUUGGCUGUUGCAAUGUCACAAUCUCGAUUAGAUUCUGGCGUAGAUCAAUAUUUGAUAGCGACACAGAAAUAAAUAGAAUUGAAGUUAUUGAAUUGGGAAAUGAUAAUAUUUUCCUCAAGUGUCGACGAUCUAGAUUUUGCUAUAUUUUUGCAAUAUACAAAUAAUAAUUGUGAGGAAAUGCGAACGACUUAAAGUUGCAAUUGGGCAGAAAAUUGAGCGAAAAAGUGGAACAUGACAAACGGAACAUCAAUUGAUAUACUGAUAGAAUUGUAAUCCAGAUAAUGGGCGACAAAUACUCGAUCUGCAGAAGAGUUCAAGGACUGCCAGAAAUGUAUGGCCACUGGAUUGGUGUUGGAAAUCCUCAAAUACUCGCCAUUCUGUGAUGUGAUCUGAUCGAGAAAGGAAUUCGUGUAUGCGAUAAGGUGUUGUUUUGUAGUUUCGUGUGAGCAUUUUUAUCUGGGUCACAAAAGUGAAUUUUAUCAGGGCGCGCAAAGGUGUAUUUGAGGAAAAAAAACGCGCGCGCGCCAAAAGCUGAGUCUGUGUGUCCAGGAAGAGGCAAAAUUUGAGGUGGAAACUUGGAAAAUUUUUCAUCGCCAUACCGAUAAAGGGUGUUGGACACAUACACAGACUGUGUGGAAUCUAUCGAUUGACAGAGCAAAUCACAAAUGGACAGACUUUUGCGCUGCGGAUAUAAAUGCAAUAGGAGUGGAGGUCAGGCGUUAGUAAAUUACUGGCCGGUGUGCCAUAGACGUCCAAUUUUGUGGAGAGAAUCCAGCCUUUUCCCGCGCUUUGCUGUCCCCUUUCCAAUUGCCAUUGCCGCUGUGCAUUCGUUAAGUGUGUCUUCUCUGUUGAAACCGAAAAAAAUGGCCGACAACGCCGGGAAUAUUGAACUGCCCCAGUAUGUUAUCGACGAGAUCAAGCAAUUAGCCGAGAGUGUGGAUAUGGUGAAGCCCAUCCUCAGGGUGUCCCAAGGCUCGAGGAGCGGUGAUAACUUUUCUGGGGACGUGUUUCGAGUCAUAGCGGUGUCUGAGGAUGGAACAAUGCCAGAUGAAGCGUCCAAAGACAGGCUGAUCUACCAGAAGGAGCUGCACCUGUUCGUGAAACUGGCACCACGGACCGACAUGAGGCGCAAAUUGUACAAAUCUGUGUUGUGUUUUGAGCGCGAAAGAUAUAUGUAUGACGUCAUUCUCCCGCGCUUUCAAGUGUUCGAGCGCAAGUACCUGAAGAGCGCCGACAGAUUCCACAACUAUCCGCAAAUGGUGAUGUGCAACCUACAGGAGAACCAGGAAUACCUCGUCCUGAACGAUUUGCGGCGCGAAGGCUACUGGAGUCCCAAACGCUCCACGCCACUAAAUAUCCAUCAGUGUCGCCUUGUUCUGGGCACAAUGGCCAAAUUCCAUGCCAUCUCUUAUGCCUUCAAGGAUCAGCAUCCCGAGGAGUUCACCAUCUUGACCUCAAAACUCAUUGAAACUAUGUUUGCCACGCCAAUUACGACGGACAUGCUGACGUUCCUCUCCAAGAAGAUCGAAUAUGGCCUCAGCACUCUCACUGAGCCCGAUGAUGGCGAGUACAAGCGGCGCUUGGAGAAGUUCGGGGAGAGCUUCACCGAGAACAUGAUUUCCUGCGUGCACGUGAAAGAUUACGGCGCCAUCGUUCACGGCGAUUCCUGGAUCAGCAACCUGAUAUUCCGCUUCAAGAACAACGUGGAGGAGGAGGUGAAACUGCUGGACUGGCAAUUGAGUCGGCACACAACUCCUGUCCUGGACUUGGCGUACUUCAUCUUCUGCUGCACCGAUGAGGAUGUGCGAAUCCACUUGCCCGAGCUCCUGGAUCAGUACUACGACCAGCUAAUCCGUCGCAUCGACCGAUUGGGCAGCAGAGGAACUGAUCUCUAUCCCAAGGGCGUCUUCGAUGAUCACUGCAAGCGCUACAUGAAGUAUGGACUCGGCCUGGCUCUGAUGACGCUGCACUCCGUUACCAACGAUUCCGAGAAUAUGCCAGACGUGGUGCCGAUACUUGAGAAUGCGAAUUUCGCAGAGAUGGAAAGUAUCGCAGGCGAUCUGGCCAAGAGUCCCGCCUACAUCAGCCGCAUGUCCAAAGUGAUUCGGGACGCUGUGAGGUUUGGAUACAUCUAACGCGUUAUUUUACCCACUGAAAAUGUAUUAUUCGAUUUUACCCCCCAAUGUACAGCUUUCAUUAUAAAAAUAGAUUCUCUAUGCAUGUAAGAA